GCGGCGCCCUGGCGGCGGGUUGAGCGGGAGGCGCGAGUGAACCGGUCGGCGGUUACCCUCCCGGGGGCCUGGCCCCGACCCGGGAAUCGAGGCCGGAGCCGGUACCGGGAGAGAGAGAGAGAGGCGAGAUUCCCUCUGGGGAGGAUCCAUCCAGGUGUCCGGAAGGAUGACCACGAUCACGAGACAGGACCUCAACUUUGGUCAAGUGGUGGCUGACGUGCUUUGCGAGUUCCUGGAGGUGGCCGUGCACCUGAUCCUCUACGUGCGUGAGGUCUACCCGGUGGGCAUCUUCCAGAAACGUAAGAAGUACAACGUGCCCGUCCAGAUGUCCUGUCACCCGGAGCUGAACCAGUAUAUCCAGGACACACUGCACUGCGUCAAGCCGCUCCUGGAGAAGAAUGAUGUGGAGAAAGUGGUGGUGGUGAUUUUGGACAAAGAGCACCGCCCAGUGGAGAAAUUCGUCUUUGAAAUCACCCAGCCUCCGCUGCUGUCCAUCAGCUCCGACUCCCUGCUGUCUCACGUGGAGCAGCUGCUCCGAGCCUUCAUCCUGAAGAUCAGUGUGUGCGAUGCUGUCCUGGACCACAACCCCCCAGGCUGUACCUUCACAGUCUUAGUGCACACGAGAGAGGCUGCCACUCGCAACAUGGAGAAGAUCCAGGUCAUCAAGGACUUCCCCUGGAUCCUGGCAGACGAGCAGGAUGUCCACAUGCACGACCCCCGACUGAUACCCCUAAAAACCAUGACGUCAGACAUCUUAAAGAUGCAGCUGUACGUGGAAGAGCGAGCUCAUAAAAGCAGCUGAGGGUGUGCCUGCCCCACCCCCCACCCCGUGGAUGCCGCAGCUGUCGGACUUCGGGGGGCCCAGCCUAGGGCAGUGCUGCAGGGCCACCCUGACUCCAAGUGCUCUUAUCGCCUCUGUGUGUGGACCACCCCACCCUCCAGGUUGGGGCUGCUCAGGCCUGGCUGCCUGCAUGGAGGGACUCUCCGAGGAGGGCAGUGAAGGGGGCUGAGACCUCAGUUUCUCAGCCUUCUGGGACCCGGCUGCCAGUGCUGUCUGUCUCAAAUGCUAUGCUGUGAGUCGUUUCAAUAAAGAGCCCCCAGGCUGA